AUGAUCAAGGCACAGAACCAGAAAAUGAAACAGGUGGAGGGGUGGUUCUGGAAGAAUUACCAAUAUGUAUUGGCUUUUCUCUUUGCCAUUGAGGAGAUUAACAAGAGCCCCAAUCUGCUCCCCAACCUUUCUCUGGGCUCUGAUCUCUACAACGCCUUUCCCACUCAACAAAGAACCUUGGAGAGUGCUGUGGUUUUAUUCUCAGGAGGGAAUCAGCCUCUCCCCAACUACAACUGCAACAGAGGACAGUUCAUCCAAGUCCUGCCUUGGGGAGCACUGACUACUGACACCUCUCAGCUACCCCAAUCACCCAAACUCAUAAUCAUGCUAUUUCAUUUCUUAUUUCAGAUCACGUAUGGUCCUUUUGAUCCCAUCCUAAGCAAUAAAAACCAGUUUUCAUCACUCUAUCAAAUAGCCCCAAAGGACAGUUUUCUGACCCAUGGGAUCAUUGGGCUAUUGCAGCACUUUGGCUGGACAUGGGUAGCACUCUUUGUACCUGAUGAUACGAAAGGGGAGCAGUUCCUUCAGGAUCUAAAAGCACAGAUGCUUAGACAAGAUAUCUGUGUGGCCUUCACAAAGACGCUCCCUGUGACUACAGGGUACAAGUUCAUGGAAGACAAGACUGACAUGCUGUCCAUGUCUGACUCCAGCUAUUUGAUCUACAACGCUGUGUACGCAGUGGCCCAAGUUGUCCAUAGGAUUCUUUUGGAAAAAAGUGAAAUGGGAUGUCCUGGUGGUACAGAGCGGCCUCUGCUUCUCCCCUGGCAGUAUGAUAUCCAGAACCUGGUGAAGUUUCCUAAUGACAGUUGGAAGCUAGUUAAAGUGGGAGAGUUUGUCUCUAAGAGUCCACACGAUCAAGAUUUGGUCAUCAAAAAUGAGAUGCUGAAAUGGCCUGAUGUAUUCCAAGAAACUCCUCCAUCCGUGUGUACCCAGAGCUGCGCUCCUGGAUUCAGGAAAAUUUCCCAAGAGGAAAGACCCACCUGCUGCUUCCUUUGUGUUUCUUGCCCUGAGAGAGAGAUUUCCAACUGGACAGAUGCAAAGCAGUGUUUCCUGUGCCCACCUGAACAGUUCACAAAUAAUGAGAGAACUCAUUGCCUCCCUAAGCCUGUCAUUUUCUUGGGCUUUGGAGAUUCUCUGGGAAUGGCUCUGGCCUGCACAGCCCUCUGCUUCUCUGCGGUCACAGCUGUGGUUUUGGGCUUGUUUGUGAAGCACCGAGACACUCCCAUCGUCAAGGCCAAUAACCGGGCUCUCAGCUUCACCCUGCUCAUCUCCCUCCUGCUGUGCUUCCUCUGCUCCUUGCUCUUCAUUGGCCGUCCCAACACAGCCACCUGUGUCCUCAGACAGGUCACAUUUGGGCUGGUGUUCACUGUGGCUGUUUCCACCAUUUUGGCCAAAACCAUGACUGUGAUUCUAGCAUUUAAGGCCAUGACACCUGGAAGAACACUGAGAUGUUUGUUGCUGUCAGGGGCCUCUAACUCUGUCAUUCCCAUCUGCUCCCUGAUCCAAGUGAUUAUCUGUGCAAUCUGGCUGGGAUCCUCUCCCCCUUUCGUUGACACAGACUCACACUCUGAGCCCAGAAGCCUCAUCAUCGUGUGCAACAAGGGCUCAGUCACUGCCUUCUACUGUGUCCUGGGCUACCUGGGCUCCUUGGCCCUGGGGAGCUUCACGGUGGCCUUCCUGGCCAGGAACCUGCCUGACACGUUCAAUGAGGCCAGGUUCCUCACAUUCAGCAUGCUGCUGUUCUGCAGUGUCUGGGUCACCUUCCUGCCCGUCUACCACAGCACCAAGGGGAAGGUCAUGGUGGCCGUGGAGGUGUUCUCCAUCUUGGUCUCCAGUGCAGGGCUCCUGGGCUGCAUCUUUGUCCCCAAGUGCUACACUAUUCUGAUAAGACCUGAUAAGAACUCAUCAAAAGAUAUAAAGAGCAGAAAAUUUUCUAGAGGAAAUGAGGCUUGA